AUGGACGCCGCCGCCGCCCAGGGCACGCCUGUGGAGGCCGGCGACGUGGUGGUGGUCACCCAGAAAAUCGUCAGCAAGGCGGAGGGCCGCGUCAUGGCCAUCGACGAGGUCGAGGCCUCGCCCCUGGCCAUCGCCAUCACCGAGGGCCACCGCCGCGACCCGCGCCACACCGAGAUGAUCCUCCGCGAGAGCCGCCGGGUCGUCCGCAUGGACCGGGGCGUCAUCAUCAGCGAGACCUACCACGGCUACAUCUGCGCCAACGCCGGCAUCGACGCCUCCAACAUCCCCGGGUCCGAUACCAUCUGUCUGCUCCCCGUGGACCCCGACGCCUCGGCCCGCGGGAUCCGCGACAGCAUCCGCCAGCGCCUGGGCGUGGACGUGGCCGUCUUGGUGUCCGACACCUUCGGCCGCCCCUGGCGCAACGGCGCGGUCAACGUGUCCAUCGGCGUCGCCGGCUUCAACCCCGUCAUCAGCUACAUCGGCGAGUUCGACCCUCACGGCAACGAGCUGCACACCACCACCAUCGCCGUCGCCGACGAGAUCGCCGCCACCGCCGAGCUGGUCACCGGCAAGCUCCUGGGCGUACCCGUUGCCCUCGUCAAGGGCUACCCCUACGAACCCAUGGAAGAUGCCGACUCCCACGCCAUCGUCCGGGACCCCGAUAAAGAUUUGUUCCGGUAA